UUGCGCGCACGACUCCCCUCCCCUGUCCCCCCUCCAGAAGAAAAGGAAAAAGGGUGUGGCCGCUGGCCAGCUCCCUGCCCACUGCCCAGCCAACCGCGUCGCCUCCGCCACCGCCGCCUCUCUUCCUCCGCCUCGCCGUCGCUGCUUCGGUUGCCCUCUGCGGUCGCGAGGGCGGGAGGCUCCGCCGGGGGCCUCUGCCUCCUCUCAAAGGCCACCUACUCAUAAUGGAAUUUGCAUGCACUCUUUAACGAUCGCUAAUUGAGGAGCACUGACUGCAGGAACCUGCUUUUAGGAGCCUAAAAUUUUCGAAUUCAAAAGGAAGAACAUUCACCUGACACCAGCACCUUCUCAACUUCUGGAAGACAUUAAUGUCCAAAUCUUUGGAAAAGAGUUCAUCUGGUGGCACCACACCUACAAGUUCGGCUUCACCUCCAGAGUCAAAAAAGCAUGAGAAGACUCUGCCAAAUUAUCUCAGAGCUUCUAGAGGCUCAUGCCAUGAUUUUUGCAAGUACGGACACAAAAAUCCUUCUGAAGAGGAGACAAGUUUAUCAGGAGGAAGAAGAAAGAAACUUCCUGCUCAUCUGAAAAAUUUGACGUUGCAUAGAUCAGCUAUCUUGGAUAGGUCCAAGGAUGUCAGGAAUAUGAGUCUUUCACUAGCCAAGUCAAGUAUAUCUCUGGGUGAAGCUGUGCGGGUUGCACCCAGAAUAGCAUCAGCAAAUCGAAAAGGUGUUACAUCCAAUGAACAUAUGGUUCCGCUGACAGCUACAGCAACCGAACAUAAAACUUUGAACUCUGAUGGCAGAAAGAAGUAUUCAAAUGCUGCACAGAAGGUCCCAGCAAAUCAAAGGUAUUCAAAUGGAGUUCCACAACUUGAUAAAAGGGACACAGUGCCAGCCAAAAGGGCCAUAUUUCCUGCCAAGUCAAAGUUUCCAGAGAAGACCUCGCUGGAGAAAUCUAUUACUGUGGACAAAGUCACAGCAGUUAAUCAAUCAUGGCAUAAGAGGCCGGCUUCAUCUCCCAGUAAACUCAACAUGAUUAAACAAGUUCCUGUUCCAUCUCUCACAAAAGAUAAAAAUACUCCAAAGUUAAAGGUUACAUCUCCAGCAGCAACUAUCACUAGAGUGCAUGCAAAACCCGGAAAAAUUGCUACAAGAUCAAGUGAUGCAAAUAGAAAAGUGAAGGAAGGCUUAGAUAUGUCUGGGUCAUCCUUAUCUGCGGAGCCCAAGAUAAUUGCUUCUGUUGAAAAACAAAAGGAUGAUAUGCAAAUUAGGGGCUAUUCUAUUGAGUCAGCACUAGCAGAACUAUCUCCAGAUGCCACAGAAUACGUAGGCAAUUCUCUACCAGCACCAGAAGAAACAAGUAAAUCCAUUUCGGAGGAUGAUGGGGUGGGAAGCACUGAAAAAAGUGAAUUGGUAGCAGGUGAAGCCCUCCUGGAAAGUGCCGUUGCUCUUGAGCUGCAGCAAUCAUUAGCUGGCCAGGAAUUCAAUGCUAUGCUAGGUGAAUCUAAUCUAGAACGCAAACUAGCAGAACAGAAUAUCGUUCAUGGUCAAGCUUCAAAGGGUGAAGACAACCAAACUGAUGAUCCAGCUGUUUGCCGAUUAUCAGAACAUGUAACAGUUGUCGAAAAUGCAGAUGUGUAUGGCUUGGUAUUAAUUGAAAGUAAUUCAAAAAUUGAGGAUGAUCAAGCUGAAGUUAAUGCAUCUGUGGAGUCUCUAAUCUCUGAAUGUAAGGAACAAAUGGCAGUUUGUGAAGGUUUCGGAACAUCCCCAGAACUACUGGCAGUUGAUGAAAAACAUGCCGAGGAGCCUGAGUCUUGUCUCGAUUUUGCUUCUGGAAAUGCAGUAGAGAAUGCCAAGGCUGAUGAAGUUUUUGAUGCUAGUAUGGAUAACAGUACUUCUCACUGCCAAUCAAUUUCUGAAACUUCAUCAGAUGGUGGACUUCUGGAGGAACCUAAGUCCAUGCUAAUUGAACGAAGUGAUUCUGCUGUUGAUGAGGUAGCAAGCGUCAGUAACGGAAGUACCUUUGAACAGGACGGAAUGAAAUCAAAGGUUUUUAUUCCACAGUCACCAGAAGAACUAUCAAAUGAUGAAUUUUAUGAAGAAUAUGAUUUUGAAUCAAGUGAAUCAGAUGAAACUGGUACAGAAGAUGAAGAGGCAACAAUCAACAGAGAUAUGGGUGAAUCAAAGUCUGGUGACUCAAGACCUAGAAGAAUCUCUACGGUCGAACUGGAUGAUACUAGUAUCACACCUUAUAAAAUGAAGUUUAAGAGGGGCAAAAUUGUAGAACUCACACCAGAUAGCAGUGGCCCAAGAAGAUUGAAAUUUAGAAGAAAGUCUGCAAAUGAAGGUUCAGAUCGUGAAAGCCAACCAACAAGAAGGAUUUACAAGAGGAAUAGCACAAGUAAUGCUGUUCCUACUAACCCAGAUAUGGAAUCUCCCGGUGUGAAACUGCGACACCAAGAUGCACAAGAGAAGAAAGAUGCACAAGGAUUGUUCAAUAAUGUAAUCGAAGAAACAGCAAGCAAGCUAGUGGAAUCAAGAAAAAGCAAGGUAAAGGCUUUAGUUGGUGCUUUUGAAACAGUGAUUUCUCUCCAAGAUGGCAAACCCACAUCAUCAACACAACAAGCUGGUAGUUCCCAAGAUUUAUUUCCUGAUGAUGAGGUGAAUGCACCUGAGGAAGCUGAAUAGAAUGUGCAUGUCUUUCAAAGUUUGCCAUGUUUGUAUUCGGCUUUUGGGUUCCUUUUCUUUUAUGUGCUCUAGAAUUGAGCCUGAUGGAGAGGAUUUUGUACAGCAGAUUUGUCCUGUAGAACAAAAGCUGCUAAAAAGGUUUUAGUCGAUUCGGUUCCAUGGAAUGAGUGCUUUGAAGUUUACAUAAUUGUAAAUCAAUUGAGACACUGUAAUACCCCUUUUGUUUGGCUUGGAUUUCCCUAAAUGCUUUAUUAGAAGAGUUGAUAUUAUUUGCCA